ACGUAUCUCACUUCCAUUUUGAACGUCGUCCAUCCGCAAGACCCCUUCGAGACCUCAGUAUUGAAUAUUAAGGUAAAAAAUGAGCAGUUUUUUGGUUAACGUCUUGCCAAAGGCUCACACGUAUGCGAGAAGUAAAUGCAGUAUUUAUGGAGUUAAUUGUAUGAAAGCUUAUUCUACAAAUUGGGAGCCCAAGGAACCAAUUGUGCGUACAAAGACAAUACCUGGACCAAAAUCAGCUGAGCUUAAGAGUCAAUUGAGUGCAGUUCAGAGUACGGGCACUGUACAAUUCUUUGCCGAUUAUGAAAAGUCGACUGGAAACUAUAUUUUUGAUGUUGAUGGUAAUGCUUUACUAGAUGUUUACACCCAAAUUUCAUCAGUACCUCUUGGCUAUAACCAUCCGAGGCUCCUCAACAUUUUCAAGGAUGAAAACAAUUUGAAAACUCUGAUCAAUAGACCAGCACUUGGUGUGUUUCCUGGAAAGGAAUGGCCGGAGAAACUGAACUCGAUCUUACUGAAUAUAGCUCCUAAGGGAUUGAACAAAAUCACGACAAUGAUGUGUGGAUCAUGCUCAAACGAAAAUGCUUUCAAGAGCAUUUUCCUAUGGUACCAAACUAAAAUUCGAGGAGAAAAAGGAUUCACUGCAGAGGAGAUGAACUCAUGUAUGAUUAAUAUGCCACCUGGCGCCCCGAACCUCAGUAUUCUUUCCUUCAAAGGAGCUUUUCAUGGUCGAACACUAGGAGCCUUAUCUACCACACACUCAAAAUAUAUACAUAAAAUUGAUGUUCCUUCUUUUGACUGGCCUAUUGCAUCAUUUCCGCAAUACAAGUAUCCAUUGGAGGACAACGUUGCGGAAAAUAAAAAAGAAGAUGAGAAGUGCUUAAGUGAAGUACAAAGUCUUAUAGAGGAGUACAAAAAGAAAGAUAAGCCUGUUGCUGGUGUUAUUGUGGAGCCCAUACAAAGUGAGGGCGGUGACAACGAAGCUUCGCCUGAAUUUUUCAGAGCUCUGCAGAAGAUUUGUAAGACUAACGGCGUUGCACUUUUGAUUGAUGAGGUACAAACUGGAGGAGGAAGCACUGGCAAGUUUUGGUGCCAUGAACAUUUCAACCUCGAGUAUCCACCUGAUGUGGUUACGUUUAGUAAAAAACUGCAACUUGGAGGAUAUUUCCAUAAUGAUGACUUCGCACCAAAAGAACCUUACAGAAUUUUCAACACAUGGAUGGGUGAUCCAGGAAAAGUAAUUCUUUUGGAAGAAAUAUUGAAAGUUAUUAAGGACGAGAAAUUAAUGGCAAAUGUUGAAGCUGCUGGCAAAGUUUUAAAACAGGGUCUAUUAAACUUAGAAAGCGAAUUUCCCCAACUAUUGAACUCUACCCGAGGACGUGGAACAUUCUUGGCUGUCAACUGCUCUAACUCCAAAGUAAGGGACUCGAUAGUCAGCACAUUAAGGCUGAAUGGUAUUCAAACAGGUGGCUGUGGAGAAGUUUCCAUUCGAUUCCGCCCAGCUUUAAUCUUUAAAGAAGCCCAUGCAAAUAUUGUUUUGGAUCGAUUUAGAAAUGUUUUACGCUCGCUGUAAGCUUAUAUAUUAUAAACAAGUGUGCUCUGAAAAAUAAAUAUUUUAUAUA